CUACAGUCAGACCCAAGUUCACUAGCUCGGCACUUCGCAGGCGGCAGGAGGGACCUCGGGGCUCCGCUCUGAACUUUGACUCCCGUCGGUCCUGUCCUCUCCCCGGGGCUGCCCUCGGCUCCCCGCUGCCCCCCCGAGCCUUCCUGCUCGGCCCCGCAGGAUGCAGAUCUCACCCUUGCUGGCUGGUGGACUUUUACUCGCGCUGCUCUCCGUCAGGCUGGAGGCGAAGCCGGCGUCUCAGCUCCCACAGAAGGUACGGCUGGAGCUUUCUCCAGCUCUUCCUCCUUUUCCCGGUCCCGCUCAGAGCCCUGACGGCACACGGGGAGACGCCUCUCGCGGGUCGGCAGCGGCGGCAGCAGCGGCGGCGGCGGCGGCGGCGGCAGCGGGUCCGCCCGAGGCGACGGAGCGGGAGAAAGAGCGGGAGAAGGAGCGGAGCGGCGGCGGCGGCGGCUCGGGGCCGCGGGAGGCGCGGGAGGCGCGGGCCGAGGCGCGGCCGCGGGCGGGCUGGGCGCGGCUGCUGCAGGACCCGCCGGGCCGCCGCCACAAGGGCCUCCACAAGAAGGGCCUGGGCAAGGGCUGCUUCGGGCUCAAGCUGGAUCGCAUCGGCGCCAUGAGCGGCCUCGGGUGCUGAGGGACCCCUGGCGGGCUUUGAAUCCAUAGUCCACUUUUUCCUACCAUGCGUGGCCAGGCACGGCUAUCCCCCAGGCAACACCUAGAGAAGCAGAGACCCCCUUGGAAUGGACAAAAGAUGUGGCUGUGUUUUUCUUUUUGGUACGAGGAGUCAUGGCACCAACUGUUUUGGUUUUGUUAUUUUUUUAACAAGUGCUCUCUAUCUUAUAUAUAUUAUAUAUACAAACACUCACCAAGACAAGGGACAGUGCUUUUCCAAGAGACUGAUGAAGCCAGCUGCAUAACGUUGCUGUUUGUAAAUUCAUGUCAUGCAUAAAUGUAUUUAUGUUGUAAAGCUAUUUAUAUAUUGUUUAUAAAGAGAUAUUUAUAAAAAAAUUAUUUAUGUAACUAAAUGAAAAGUCAAGUAUUGUAACAUUUUUUGUCCUAAGUAGUUGAAAAACUUUAAAAAAAAUCAUUCCGUGUGGCA